GGAACCAAUUGCGCGGCAACAGGAACGCAACAAGAACCAACCAGAGCAUCCCUCUCCAUGUACGGCAAUGGCACCAAUAUUUGGUACUUUGACGGUGUCCCACAAACAGGUCUCGGUGUCGAGGCCAUGGUUGGCUGGGACUGCCUCGGUCAUCAAGGAAGGGGUGUGUGGUGGGGUCAAACUGCCGAUUCCAGCGAGUAUUGGUGCAACUUGUUCCAGGUGGAGUACGGGGAGGAAACACGACAAGCAACCUACAUCAACUAUGCCUUUGGUGGGACCGGCCAAUAUGCUUCCGCCGAGGGAUCUUGUCCCACAACGUUCGACGAAAUCCCUCCCGAUGCCUUGCAGGCAAGCUUUUCCAGGACCCUGGGCGACGACGAAACCUUUCAAUUCACUUGCCAGGAGGACUCCCCACAAUCGUGCCGUCCACGAAGUACACCAGUUCCAAAUCCCUUUGCGGAUGAGCAGUCUCUUCCUGUGCUGGAUACUACUACAUGCCUCCCAAUCGAUGGACAAUCCUCCGCUUCAGUGCCAAGUGUCGCCAGUCUGAUUCUCGUAGCUGCGGCCUUGUCUUUCGCAUGA